AAAUGGGAAACGUUUGGAUCAUGGAUUUCAGCUAGUUUCAAGUAUCAUCUGCUGAUGAUACAUUUCUAUUUUAUGUUGUUUUGUUUUGUUUUUCCUCGGUCGCUGCAGAUUUCAAGAAACUUUGGUGUAUAUUUUUUUGUUUGGCCCGAGCGCCGGGGGCCGCCAUUAAAAUUUAAACCGUGCAAAACUCUGAAAUAUUAAUGACCCCGGUCUGGUGACAAGUCGUGUGGCAGCGAAAAGGAAGAGACGCUCCUAGAAAUUUAAGAGUCAGGGAGACGAGCGAGAGGACGGCAGCGAGACCCGUGUCAGGGAAUACGCAGAUUGGAUGAUCAUUUGAAUGAAACCGGUGCGAGACUGACGGCAGCUGAUGGAUCCAUCAGUGACUCAAGUGAGGCAGACUGUUGCUCCCGGGUUAGAGGAGUACAAUCCCUUCACAGAUGGCAAACAAACGCCAGCGGCGAUGGCGCCCAAGGCUGCAGGCCCGACCGUCGGCACGCAACCGGCCAUCAUGAAGCCCACGGAGGAGCCUCCCUCCUACUCUCAGCUUCAGGCGCAGGAGCAGUCGAGGGCGGCCGCCGAGCUGCUGAAGAGGCAGGAGGAGCUGGAGAGGAAGGCGGCCGAGCUGGACCGCAGGGAGAGGGAGAUGCAGUCCAUCAGUGCCUCAGGAGGCAGGAAAAACAACUGGCCCCCCCUCCCAGAGAAGUUCCCCGUGGGUCCAUGUUUCUACCACGACAUCACUGUGGAUAUUCCUGUGGAGUUUCAGAAGACGGUUAAAAUCAUGUACUACCUCUGGAUGUUCCACACGGGGACGCUGCUGGCCAACGUGAUCGGCUGCCUGUCCUGGUUCAUCGUGGACGGGUCGCGCGGGGUCGACUUCGGCCUGUCCAUCAUCUGGUUCAUCCUCUUCACGCCGUGUUCCUUCGUCUGUUGGUACAGGCCUCUUUACGGGGCGUUCAGAAGCGACAGCUCGUUCCGAUUCUUCGUCUUCUUCUUCGUGUACAUCUGUCAGUUCGGCAUCUACGUCCUCCAGUGCAUCGGCAUCAGUGGUUGGGGCGCCAGCGGGUGGAUCUCGGCUUUGACCGGUCUGAACAGGAGCAUCCCUGUGGGCAUCAUGAUGAUCCUCAUCGCUGCUCUCUUCACCUCUCUGGCGGCCAUGUCCCUCAUCAUGUUCAAAAAGGUCCACGCCAUGUACCGCACCACGGACGCCAGCUUCGAGAAGGCCCAGCAGGAGUUCGCCACGGGCGUCAUGACCAACAAGACGGUGCAGACGGCCGCCGCCACCGCCGCCACCAGGGCCGCACAGGAAAGCUUCAAGGAGCAGAUCUGAGGCGUCUCCUCUCUCCGUCCGGCCGCUUCCCCCCCCCUUCGUCUGCAUCCAGCUUCCACUUUACCCCCCGUUUGAACACACGGACGGACGGUCGGUCGGUUCUCCAGCCUUCUGACAAUACUGAGAUGAUUCUGGCGGGAGCUCUUUAGUGGACCAGACGGGGAAACGUUCUUCUUUCUCUACCUGCCCCAGCAACGUUAACACUCUCUGGGACUCUCUCCUCCUACGCUGCACUCUUUACAACUCAACCAGCUGUUGUUCUACUUCGUUUUUCCGCCUCUGUGUGGGUUUGUGUGCAUGUGUGGCCAUGUACAUGAAUGUUUGUGUGCCUUUUUUUUUUUUUUUUAAAUCCUCCGUCUGUCCUCUGCAGACAGAUAAUGUAGCUGAAGCUUCUUCCCUCUAAACUUCUCUUGGGCAUUUCUCUCCAAAAACAAAAAAAAAAAAAUGUGCAGCAACACUGUCUCCUCCUGUGAGUUCGAGCCUUCCUUUCAUCACUACUUCCUUCCUUUUAUUAUUAUUAGUAGUAUUAUAUUUAUUUUUGACCAUAUGGAAAUAAUCCCAACAGUUAAAGCUCACGUAGCUUCAUAGAGUUGACACUGCUGACCCCUGGUGGAGGGAUGUUGUAUCGCUGUCGAUGAAUGCCGUGCAUUCCAGUUCGCUGCUUUGCCUUCUUCUGUUUCUGCUUUGCUUCCUGCACAGUUGGAUUUAAAAAAAAAAAAGUGAAGUCUUAACCCCUUUUGAAAAGAGAUGCUUCACACAAAAUAGAUACUUGUUCAUGUAUCAAAACGAUUGGAGGUUGAAUCGCUCCUAAUAAUUUCAAUUCAGAAUAACUAAAUAUUGAAUCUACAAAGUAUUUAUUUGGUGAAACACCUCGACAGCUUUUGUGAAUCUGUACAGAUGUUCAUGAUACAUCCUGCUGAGUUUGGGUAAAGCUGAUAUUUAAUUCAGCUUUUACUCGUGAUACCGUUAACGUAAACGAUGAGGUUUGAACUAACGCAAGAUUGUAGAAAAUUAAAUCAACCCCUGGUUUUACAAAAACACACAUAUAUAUAUAUGCAUGUUGUGGUGAAAUGUCUCAACAACUAUUGGGCAGAUUGCCAUGAAAUUUGGUGCAAACAUUGAUCAGGAUUAAGUGUUAUCGGUUUAACCUUUACAUGUAGCACAUUAACAUGCUAGCAUGCAAACGGGCCUGCUAAUCAUUAGCAUGUUAGCACUGUUAUUAGAAUUUAACUUAGUUGUUAAAAAUAAAUAAGUGCUUUAUCAAUUGUUGAGAUAUUUUCUAAUGAAUCUCCUGUCGAUUGACGAAUCAAUCAGCCUUUAGCCCCUGUUUUGCAGCAUAGUGAGCAAUGAUUGAAUUUCAGUGUAAAAAAAAAACUCAAAGCAUCAUCUCCUCCCUUCCAGCGUUUGCUACUAAAAAAAAAAAAAAUCUCCUAUAAAUCAUUUGCCUCGGCUGAUCUACAUAUCCAUCAUGAGAAAAAGUUGCACUUUAAAUGCGGUCGUCACGUUUCAGUCCUCUCGCCUUCAUGCUCAUAUCUUUUCUACGUGCUCUCAGUUUUCACAUGAAGCCUAAACCUGUCCUCAAAAACAAAAACAACAAAAAAAAAGAAAGCGAGAGAACCCCGACGCUAACCGUUCUCUGCACGUAGAGCUGCACGUUCAUUCAGCUCUUCUGACUCCUCUCCAGCUCUUUCUCUUGGAGAUUUACCUCAGCUUUUUACUCAGGAUUACUCUUCACAUGCAUGACGAGGUUUGAACUAACAUGAGAUUGUGGGAAAAUUCAACUGGGCCCUGAUUUAAAAAAAAAGAAAAAAAAAAAAGACAACCUGCAUUGUAAAUCUGCAUAAGUAGCGGCCAGUAAAUGCAAUCAGAUCGGUUUAGAUGAUCAGACUUAACAUCGUUUAAAGGUUUCCUUUGCAUUUCUCCUGCUUUGAAUGUGUCUUUUUCUACAGCGGCUUUCGUCUAUUUGAAUGUGUCCGAUCACUCUGUCGGUCGAGUCUCGUGCUAAAGCCAGUUUGGGUGUAAGUGUUUGGGUGUAAAUGGGGGGAAGUCUGGCUGUAGCUCUAGGAUCCUUCUUUCACUCUUAUUUUUUUCACACUGGUUUUAUUUGAAUGAGUGCAUGUGUAUAUAUCUAAUGUACAAAGCAACAUGAGAUUACUCCUGGAGAACGGUUUCGGGGCUUUCCUUUUUAUUUUAUUUUUAUUUUAUUUUUUUUUUUGCUGUUUUGUUUCAAAAUAAAAGCACGAGAACGGCGUUAGACUGCAAUGCAAUGUGAAUGGUGUGGCGUACAGUUGGAGCUGCGCUUUGUAAUCAACACGUGGUAGAAACGCACUGAAAAUAAAGUUCAGACGCAUCUCUGGUAACAUCAUUUUGUUUUAAAAAACGAAAAAAAAAAAGAUCAUUGAGACAAAUAAACGAAGGGAUGUUUGUAUAUUUUGUACGAUUUGCAGAUGGGUGGCUGUUUGCUCUGGUGUAAUUUUAAGAUGCACUCUGUCGCAUGAUGAAUAGUUUUGAGUUUUGUAUAUUUAUUGUAUUAACACUGAAUAAAAUUAUUCUGUAUGUGCUUCA